CAGAGCAGAGUACAGAUGUGCGUGUUCAAAGCCUGUAACUGCAACCUUCACGCCCGGCGCUGCCGCUUCAACAUGGAGCUUUACAAGCUGUCGGGGCGCAAGAGCGGAGGCGUCUGCCUCAACUGUCGCCACAACACGGCCGGCCGCCACUGCCACUACUGCAAGGAGGGCUACUACCGCGACCUGGGCAAGCCCAUCACCCACCGCAAGGCCUGCAAAGCCUGCGAUUGCCACCCUGUGGGCGCCGCUGGCAAAACCUGCAACCAGACCACGGGCCAGUGUCCCUGCAAGGAUGGUGUGACCGGCAUCACCUGCAACCGCUGUGCCAAGGGCUACCAACAGAGCCGCUCCCCCAUCGCCCCCUGCAUAAAGAUCCCCGUGGCACCGCCGACCACUGCAGCCAGCAGCGUGGAGGAGCCCGAAGACUGUGAUUCGUACUGCAAGGCCUCCAAAGGGAAGCUGAAAAUUAACAUGAAAAAGUACUGCAAGAAGGACUACGCCGUCCAGAUCCACAUCCUGAAGGCGGACAAGGCAGGGGACUGGUGGAAGUUUACGGUGAACAUCAUCUCCGUGUACAAGCAGGGCACCAGCCGCAUCCGCCGCGGUGACCAGAACCUGUGGAUCCGUUCACGGGACAUCGCCUGCAAGUGCCCCAAAAUCAAGCCCCUCAAGAAGUACCUACUGCUGGGCAACGCGGAGGACUCGCCCGACCAGAGCGGCAUCGUGGCGGACAAGAGCAGCCUGGUGAUCCAGUGGCGGGACACGUGGGCGCGGCGGCUGCGCAAGUUCCAGCAGCGCGAGAAGAAGGGCAAGUGCAAGAAGGCCUAGCGUGGGGGUGGGCAGCGGCGCGCCGGGCGGGCUGGGCGCCGGGGCCGGCGAGCGGGAGCAGGGAACCCG